AUGUAUACGGAGAAGCCGAGCCCGCUCUAUAAUGUGCGGCUUACUCUUGCCGGGAUCAAUAUCCAUUCAAGCGCUCCGAGUUUGCAGGUUGAAAACUCUUUUGCUGAUAUGGAUCUUGGUGUGGGUGUUAUUCAGAUAAAUCUUGAUAACUCUGAUGACCUUGGACUACCACAACUUGAUGUCAGCUUUUCAAGAAUCCUUUUUGAUUUAAGGCGACGUGAAAGUGGGCAGAUACAAUCUUUUGGGACCCUAGAUCUCAGUGCACAGCUUUCUGGGACGUCAAGGAAAACCGACAAAGAUGGGGUUGUUCGCUAUUAUCAUCUUUCCAGCAGAUGCUUCCACAUUGCGUUGUCCGCUGAGACAGCGUCAAUGAUGGUUGAUAUCGCUGCGCAUUUACAGGAACGGUUCAAAACGCUUGAUAUGUCCCAGGAUAUCAAGCAAUUGCGAAAGCUGCGUCGAAUUAGAUCAAGAGGCAAAGAUCCGGCGUCUCAAAUCCCUACGAUCAAUGUGGACGAACCCUCUGCUCGGAAAGAUCUUUUUGACGCGAUUUAUUCUGUCGACUUGUCAAGCAUACAACUAAGCUGGCUAGUAUCUACCUUUGCAAAGCCACCCCAAGGAAAAGAGCUAGAAGACCUUGUUUUCUCAGUUAGUAGAAUUGAACUAGCUACUGGAAGACAAAGUGCGGCGCGGUUGCGAAUUGAAGAAAUGCAAUUGCAGAUGGUGCCACAAUGUGACGACAAACAAAACCGAUCUCAGAAUUCUGCACUCCUACCUGAAGCUGUUUUCGAUGUUGGAUACCUGGCUUCUGGGAGUGAACGCAGACUUUCGUUUCAAGCAGCCGGUAAAAUGUUGGAUAUCCGGGUGACCUCGGAUUUUAUCCUUCCCGCGAGUAUUCUCCAGCGAUCCUUAGCGUCGGCUAGUGAGAGUCUUCGGGAGGCCAAGCUUAGAUGGCGAAAGGAGAUGCCAUCAGAGCAGGAAAAGAAAGCAAUCGGCCCAAAUAUUAAUCAAUUGACGUCUCUCCUUGUCGAUGCCGAUUUUGCCGGUGCAGUAGUCAGCUUGCAAGGUAGACAUGGUCCGCGAGAAGAGGGUGCCGGGACAACUGCGAGUUUUAACCUGGAGUCAAGCGGAGCUCAUGGUGCCCAUUACUUCCCACAAGACACAAUAUCGAUCGCGACAUUGCGUGCUCCAGGCGUUGCAAUUAAAGUCCAAUUCGAAGAUAAGGACGGGAAAGAUCCCAUGCUCAACGCUGAAGUUAAAGUUGCCGCGUCCACGAACGUUCUUCAUCCAACUGUUGUGCCGCUCAUCACAGAGAUUACAUCGAGUGUAAAGGAGGUUGGGUUGCGGAUUUGCAAGCAGGAAUUUACCCUUAGCUGCCAGCCAAUUGCUCGUGUGGCAGCAACGGCUCGUUUUGAGGAUAGUUAUAUUACGGUAAACACGGUUCAAUCUGCGGAGCAGAGAAGAUUCUUUGCCAUUUUGGUGGCAUUUAACAAAUUGCAGGCUUCCAUCAAGCACGUUUACUCUAGCGAAUCUACCGCCAACUUUGAUAUCGAUUCUAUUGUCGUGUCACUGAUGAACAGCAAACAUGUCAGUUCAAGCAAUGGGAUUUCGGCUAUUCUUAGAAUCAACCCAGCGCGCGUGCAUAUUAAUGCCAAACAAGUUCAAGACUUUCUCCUAUUCCACGAAAUCUGGAUGCCUCCGGAUGACCCAUCUAAUGCUCAAAAAGCCAAACCACCAUCUCUCGACAGUCAGGCAUAUCUUGUGCAGCAAUACCAACAGAUGGCGUCGGCUGAAGCUUUCCCAUGGAAUUCGACAAUUGCAAUCGAGCAGUUAGACGUUCAAAUUGACUUGGGCCAAACAUUGGGAAAGUCGCAGUUUGCAACCAAGAACCUCUGGCUUUCUUCGAAGAAGAAUUCUGAUUGGGAACAAAACCUCUGUGUCGGUUUUGAAACCAUGAGUAUACAAAAUACUGGGCGCCUGGGCGGCCUUGUUGAGCUCUUUGACUUCAAGAUUCGUACAUCCAUUGAAUGGAUGGAUGGCCAUCACUCGGAAUAUCACACUCCGCUGAUCCAAGCGGCAAUUGGUUUCGGCCGCCUGCAGUCGAAGGUAUCAUUUGAGUAUCAGCCGUUUUUGGUGGCAAACGUGAGUUCGUUUGAAUUUUUGAUGUAUAAUGUUCGCGACGCAUCGAAAACACACAGCGACCGCCUCGUGAGCUUCCUCGAGGGUGGAAAGCUUCAUGUUUACUGCACGACUUUAACCGCUUCUCAAGGGCUGGCACUCUUUCAGACCCUACAACGAUUGGUACAGGACAAGCAAGCGGCAUAUGAAGCUUCAUUGAAGGAAAUCGAGGGUUUUAUACGGCGGAGAUCGAUUUUGGGUUUCCCUGAGGCCGAGGAGGCGUCCGCCGCCAGGAGUGACCCUGACGAAAUCAAGAUGCCCAUAUCCCUCCAAACAAAAGUUGUUGUGAGCUUACAAGAAGUAAAAAUAGGUGCAUUCCCAAGCACUUUCCAGGAUAACCAAAUAUUUAAGCUUGAGGCUCUCGGUGCUGAGGCACAGUUUUCUGUUGCCAUUCAAUCCGGGAAAAUACACGGCGGUUUGGGCCUGACGCUUGGGCAACUGCGCAUAGCCCUCUCCAGCGUUAAUCGCCCCACUGAGGUCAUACCUGGAGAAUUCUCUGUUGACGAAACCGUCAGCCGUGCGGUUGGCUCACGCGGGGGAACUAUCUUGAAAGUGCCACGCCUCGUGGCGACAAUGGAAACCUGGCAAAUCCCGACGUCGAACCACAUCGACUACAUAUUCAAAAGCUCUUUCGAAGGCAAGGUCGAUGUGGGCUGGAACUACUCGCGCAUCGCAUUUAUCCGCGGCAUGUGGGAUACCCAUUCCCGGGCGCUUGCGAAUCGGCUGGGCAAGCCGCUUCCGCAAGCUGCGGUUCAGAUUACUGGGGCCCCCAAUGGCGAAGACGGAGAGUAUAGCGGCCAAGAGAAGAUCACGGCUGUUGUGAAUGUCCCGCAAUCGAGAUACACGUAUACCGCGCUGGAGACGCCUGUGAUCGAGACGCCUCAGCUGCGUGAUAUGGGGGAAGCGACUCCGCCGUUGGAAUGGAUUGGAUUACAUAGGGACAAGCUUCCCAACAUCACGCAUCAGAUUAUCAUUGUUACCUUGAUGGAAGUGGUAAAGGACGUGGAAGAUGCGUACUUUAAGAUCCUGGGUUCAUAG